AUGCCGACAUAUGGCGGAGACGAAGUGAGUGCAGUGGUGUUGGACAUCGGCUCAAGCACUACUAGAGCAGGCUAUGCAGGCGAAGACACUCCGAAAGUGGUGAUUCCUACAUCCUACGGCUACAUACCAGCGCGCGAACCCUCCGAAGGCUCCGAGAACCAAGCCAGCUACUAUUUUGGCGACCAUGGCCCGACCCUGUGGAGGGCGCAGAUGGAGGUAGUGAAUCCGUUGAAAGAGUCGAUGGUCGAAGACUGGACGGCGGUCGAGAAGCUGAUGAAGGUCGUCUUCGAUCGCGAGAUGAGGCUGGGUCUUGCAGGCGCCGAGCUGGAGCCAGACGAGAAACGCGGCAUCCUCACUGAACACCCGCUCCUCGUCACCGAACCCUCGUGGAACUCGAAAGAGAACCGCGAGCGGAUGAUCGAGAUGGCCUUCGAGGAGUUCGACACCCCUGCUUAUUACUCGGUCGACCGAUCUGUCAUGGCUGCAUUUGCGGCUGGGAAAGGCACAGCCGUGGUGGUUGAUAUCGGGGACGAUCUGACGACAGUGACGCCGAUCUGCGACGGCUUCGUACUUCGAAAAGGGAUACACAAGUCGCCGAUCGCGGGCAACACGCUCUCCUCGCUGUUACUUUUGACAACGGAAAGCCUGCUGCCGACGCCGGUCUAUCCGCACUGCUUGAUAGCCUCGAAAGCGCCCCAGGUGAGCGGGGUGGGCCAUCCGGGCGGCGCGGCUGAUACCGACGUCGCCAUGGCCUCCGCCUCAAACGACCUCCCGCCGGGCGUCGUCCUUCGCGACGACCGACUUCCCGGCAAAGAAGGCUCAAAAACGACGGAGAGCUUCAUGCGCUACCAGAAGUUGAGGAUCAUGCAUGACCUCAAAGAGUCGAUCUGCGAGGUGUACCCCCGGACAUGGGACGAAGAGACAGUAUCGACGAUGCCGGUUCGGCCGUUUGAGUUUCCGAGUGGCCAGAUGCAGCAGUACGGGCGGGAGCGAUGGGCGGUCCCGGAGGUGCUAUUCAACCCAGCAAUGGCAGCGUGGCCGUUGGGAAAGCACGUUGGGGCGCGGCACGGGGGCGCGACGAUCGGGUCGGCGGAGCCGCAUCUGCCGCUGUCCCAUCUGCUCCUCCAGGCGAUCGCCGCCUCCGACAUCGACCUCCAGCCGACUCUCAACGCGAACAUCAUCGUCACCGGCGCCAGUAGCUUGAUUCCCGGCCUCCUCGAACGGCUCGAGUUCGACCUCCGCCACAUCUCCCCUGCUUGUAAGUUCAAGGUCUCCGCCGCUGGCAAUCUCGCCGAGCGCAAGUUCGGGAGUUGGUUGGGCGGCAGCAUCCUUGCUAGUCUGGGCUCCUUUCAUCAACUGUGGAUCGGCAAAGACGAGUACAAGGAGCAGGGACGAUCGGUCGUCCACCGGAGAUGUAAAUAA